AUGUCGUUGGCGCCUAAGCAGUGCAUCCAGACUGUCCAGGAUUUUGCCAUCAUGAGUCAGCUGUGGCAGGAUCAUCUGGUGGUAAAGAUCACCCCACUGCUGAGUGAUUUCUUCCUCUCCAUCUACCAUUCAUGUCUCAACUAUGCCAAGGUUGUGCUGGCCAAAUCAGGCAACAUGGCGUGGGUGCUCACCUCAGUGCAGCUCCAGAAGGAACUCGCCCCGCUCCAAGUCGCUCAAAACGCUGCGCACCGCAUCGAAGGCGAGUACAUCGUACUCUUCCGCCCCGACACCACGCGCCCGCAACUCUUGGCGCUUGUAGAGGCGAUGAAGCUUGCAUUCGCUGCCACGACUGAUGGCAGCGAGGUGAAGAACGUGCACGUCAUCGGCGACAGCUUCCGCGCCAUCUCCGCCAAGCUCUCGCCCGCGUACUAUGGCGCAGAAGCUGCGAACUCACCCUGCUGUUUCCGUUAUUGA